AUGUUUGAUAUUGGACCGGUCGAGGAGAGGCUUUUCAGGGAGCUGCUUAUAUAUAAUGAAGAGCUAGGGCUGCAGAUGACCUUCAGAGUAGCAGGCGGGUGGGUUAGGGAUAAGCUAAUGCAGAUACCGUGCGACGACAUAGAUAUAGCAAUAGACAAGAGCAGUGGUGCAGUAUUUACAAAUGGGUUUAUGGAGUAUCUGCAGGGAAAGUCCCAGGAAGUGCACGGAUACCACGUGAUUGAGUGUAACCAUGAAAAGUCAAAGCACCUUGAGACAGCGAGUUUAAAGUAUAUGGGCCUUUCUGUGGACUUUGUUGCGCUCAGAACAGAGGAGUAUACAGAGACAAGGAUACCAAUUGUGCGGACAGGAACCCCGCAGGAGGAUGCAAACAGAAGAGAUAUCACAAUCAACGCGCUUUUCUACAAUAUAAACACAAAGAGCAUAGAGGACUAUACUGGGCGGGGGCUGUCGGAUAUCAAAGAAGGGAAGAUCAGAACGCCUCUAGACCCGAUGGAAACCUUUCUAGACGACCCACUGCGAAUACUAAGAGUUCUUAGGUUCGCGUCUCGGCUGUCCUUUGAGAUUGUGCCAGAAAUACUCUGUGUGCUGGGGGAAAAGAAGCUGCACAGUAAGCUCACCCAGGUUGUAUCAAAGGAAAGGGUGGGGUAUGAAAUAAAGAAAACCCUGCUGCAGGAGGGGUAUAAAAAAGCGCUGGCUGCACUGGCAGAGUACCAGAUAGCGCAGGCGCUAUUUCCAGACGCAGCAGUUACAUGUGAGGAGGUUUGCCGGUUUAUGGAUGCGCUUGAGUUUAUCCAAAGCACUCCCGGCCACCCAGUGCACGGGAUUGAGAAAACACAAAUAUAUUUGCUCCGGAUAUUUGCACUGCUUCAGAAUAAUUUUGGUGCACGGAAAGGAAAAGAGACACUUACUGAGCACAUGGUAAAAGAGAACCUAAAAUGGACAAAGAUUGAAAGGACACAGAUAUCAAGCAUUGAGAAAAAAUCAGCAGAAAUAGACGCACUUGUGGACUUGGAUAUUCCAGAAGAGGACAGGCUUGUACGAGUGGCACGCCGACUUGGAGAACAUCUGGAGCACUCUCUUACUCUAUUUGACAUCCAGCAGAGAGCAAAGAACACGCAAAGAAUAGAUAUUAUUGGGCUAUACAAUAGUAUAGUCACCAAGGGAUACAAAAAGGCAUAUUUAGAAAAGCAUGUGGUAGAGUUCAGUGUAGUCAAAGACCUUCUGCAGAUAGGCGAGAAAGAUGUUAGCAGGUACAUGGAGAGAUGCACACAGCUAUCACUUGUGCAUAAAACAAAAGACCUUGAGUGCAUUCUUCCUCUUCUAAAGCAAGAGUUUGACUUGCACAAGGCAGAACAAAAAGAAUAA